GCCUUUUGGUAUUAGACCUCUGUCUGUCACCUCUCUUUCUUUUCAUUCAAAUUUUACUAUUUAAGUAUCACCGGCUCUGCUUCUAGUACUACUCCUGCUGUUUUUCCUUUCCUAGUAAACUUGAAACCCUAACAUUUUCUCGAGAAACUAACACUCCUCAGUGCUCAGCUCCGUUAAUCACCCUCCAGCUUUACAAUCUCAGGUGCAAAGCUACUGAAAUAGUUCCCGUCGUUAUUUGUUCUAUCUUUUGGAUCAACAAAAUGGGCGCCGGAAGGAAAACACAAACAAUUAUUGCUACAGAGAAAUCCCAGCCUUCUUCAUGGACUGGAAAUGGCAUCUACUCUGCAAGGAACCUUAGGGAAAAAGAUUUAGCUGCAGUAAUUUUCGGGUGCAAGCAUAGCACUAUUCAGGAGUGUUUUGAAAACUCCAUUUUUGGAAUACCUGCUCCUCAUUACACAUAUGUGAAGAACAUCAACCCUGGUUUGCCGCUCUUUCUAUUCAAUUACAGUGAUAGAAAGCUUCAUGGACUAUAUGAGGCUGCAAGUAAUGGAAGAUUGAAUAUCAAUCCACAAGCAUGGACUGAAGAUGGCUCUGAUUCUACUCCAUAUCCUGCGCAGGUUAAAUUCCGCACUAAGAUGCAGUGUCAGCCACUCAGUGAAGAUCAAUUUGGUCCUAUACUUGCAGAAAACUACCAUGCACCGAAGUAUUUUUGGUUUGAAUUGGAUCAGAAUCAAACAAAAAAAUUAAUUUCUCUGUUUUCUUCCUUUCCAAUGACUCAGAAGCAGAACUCUCUGCUCAGAGGUUCUUUUGGCUCUAAUGCAAGAGAAAAGCAGAGGCUAGAAAGUCAGGUUGAUAAUAAUGGAGGAUUAACAGACAAAGAUAUAUACAUCGCAAGUAUGAAACCUAGCUGUGGGAUUUCUUAUUCUUCUAUUGUGAAAAAUACGAGCUCAUCUGUUGUUCAGAGAGCUCAACCUGAAAAUCAUUCUAUUACUUCUAGUGGUAUGGGUAGUUCUGUGCCCCAGAAACCAUGGACUGCCUUGUUCAAUAAUGAAAUUGCUUCUGAUCCUAGAAGGGAAAUUGAAGAGUCAAAAGCUGAAGACUCUGGUUGUGGAACUGCUCCUGAUUCAUGGCAAGAAGCACAAGUUUCUAAUCUCCAAGAAGAUUCUUACACUUCAGACUGGAGCUCAUCAUCUGUUUCACCCUCUUUGCACGAAGAAAUUCAGCCGUCCCAACCUGAUGAAGAACACUUAGAUACUGAAGCUAAUUCUGAAUCCUUAUAUGAAUCUAUGGCAACUAUGAUUAUAGCCGAGGAUAGUCAAGUUGAACUUGCAGCACAUACAACAGAAGCAUAUGGUUCCGAACCCAAGUGUACUGAUUUUAAUUUUACAAUGGCAAAGUUACUGCUGGAAGUGGAAGAGUUGAAGGGAUCUCAUUUAAUUCAAGCUCGGAAAAUUGAUUUCUUGGAGCAGGAGCUGAUCGUAUCAAGGGUUGAAAUGCAACAUUUGAAAGGAAGAUGCGAAAUGCUGGAAUCAAGCCUUCUAAACACUGAUGAGUUGCUGCUUAUAGCGGGAGGGUACGACGGUUCAUCGUGGCUGUCAAAUUUAGACUCCUAUUCUCCUUUUAAAGACCUAAAGCAACCCCUUGUUCCGAUGAAUUUUGCACGUUCACAUACUUCUGCAGCAAAUUUAAAUGGUGAACUUUUUGUGUUUGGCGGUGUGCAUGGUGAUCAGUGGUAUGACACAGUUGACUCAUACAAUCCAACAACCAAUCAGUGGAUUUCUCGUCCUUCCUUGAAUCGAAGAAAAGGGCACUUAUCAGGUGUUUCACUAAACAAUAAGAUAUUUGCUGUUGGAGGUGGAAAUGAGGAAGGAUCUCUUUCAGAUGUGGAAAUGUUGGAUGUAAAUGCUGCAAAAUGGAUUUCUGUUCAAUCCAUGCUUGAAAAGCGGUAUGCUCCUGCUGCAGCAGAAAUAGGCGGCAUAAUUUAUGUUGCUGGAGGUUACAACGAAAGUGGUUACUUAAACUCAGUCGAGAGAUAUGAUCCAAGAGAGCAUUCAUGGAUACAGCUCGGGAGUUUGAAUAUGAAAAGGGGAUGGCACUCCAUGGUUGUUCUGAAUGAGAAACUAUAUGCCUUGGGUGGCUAUGACGGAAAGAUGCUCUCGACUGUGGAGGUGCUUGACCCUCGUGUUGGUGUAUGGAUAAUGGAGGGAUCAAUGAGUAUAGCGAGAGGAUAUUUCGGUGCUGUUGUGAUGAGAGAUGCAAUUUAUGCAUUCGGAGGCCUGGAUAGCAAUGGCACAAUAUUAGACACUGUGGAGCGAUACAAGCAAAAUCAUGGCUGGAAAGCAACUGGACUCAAAGGAAUUGGGAAAAGAGCCUUCUUCUGCACUGCUGCUGUAUGAUUCCGGCUGUUAUCGCAAUCAUUUAAUGUAUAUUACGGGCACUUCCGAUAUACAUGUGCUACCCUUGUAAGAACAUGCAAUGUAAGUCCAUUUUGUUAUGGUCCUACGGCCGAGUAUUGUAAUUAGUAAAGAGUUUAGUUGAUAUAAUAUAGAAUAUGUGAGAUUACUAAUCUAGAUUGAAGAGAAGUUUCCUAGUGGCGGGCUAGAAUGUAUUAUGUUUUCUGAGGUUACAAA